CAAAUCAUGUGACCAUCACGUGACCCCGGAGUGGGCCCAGCAGAGUGGCACCAACACAAGAGACGAGAGAACGCGCUAAGGGAUUCCCGACGCUGAUUGGUGGCGAGCAGGGUGACGUAAUGACGUCGCCAAGCGAAGGGACAUUCCUGCGGAUGGACAGUUGACACACUGUUUCAAGUUGACUUGGACAGGGCGGACACUGACACAGCAGGCGAUCAUACACAGGAUGUUUCCUGGGUGUUUUUUAGGCUCAGAUUUUAAUCUGCUGAACAUCUGAGAUCGAAUUCAGCUUUUCGUUUAGUAGCGUCAGACAAACUCGGUUGCCAGAGUGCUCAGGUGCAAUUUAAAGGAUUUGGGAACCGCGAGGACAGGAAAAUCCAGGAAGUGUUUUAUUAUUAUUUUUUACGUCAUGCACUGUCACUGAAGUGUUUACCUCUGUUAGUUACUGAUUGUAUGAAAUCAAAAUUCUUAUCGAGUUACUGUCAGCUUUUAACUGUAUUCCUUUAUGGUCAACUGAAUGGAAGGCUGGACAUUCGCAUAACCUUAUUUGCAUAGCUUAAGGUUUUCUAGAUUAGUUGUGAAAAAUUAAUCGCCUUGAAUUUUAAAUAAUCAACAGCCGACAGAAGGUCAUCUAGAGAAAUCCCAAUGUCUUCGCGUAAUUAGGUGUAUAUGCUAAGAUCCUUGGUAGAUGUGACUUUGCUACAGUUUAAUGCAUCAAAAUGACCUGAACAGUGUGCCUUUUAUUUAUGCAAUUUUUAAAAGCUUCUGUCAAACGUCUCUGCACCCAUAAACUCUCCGUAGGAAGCCGCCUAUCCUCUCUGGAUUUAAUGGAAUGUUCUCAGGCAUUUUUGAGUUCGAUCAGUGCUCUGGGUCGACCCUGAGGAGCUCGUGUCGGCGUGGCAUUCGAGUCGUCCGGGAUUUCCCCGCUUAUUACUAUGCAGGGCUUCUCCGCUCGGGGUGUCGGCACUGACCCGCUCCACCACAAGCGCUAAGCCGGUCACGUCCAGUUAGGCUUAUAAGACAGAUCUUUCCUCUGCGGCUCCCUCCCACCGCUUGGGGGCCCCCCGGUUACUCAAGGAGGGAUGUUCGCGGCGGUGGAGCACGGCGCCGUUCUCUGCAGCGACUCCAACAUCCUGUGCCUGUCCUGGAAGGGCCGCGUGCCCAAGAGCGAGAAGGAGAAGCCCGUGUGCCGUAGGCGGUACUAUGAAGAGGGCUGGCUUGCCACGGGAAAUGGGAGGGGGGUUGUUGGGGUCACUUUCACCUCCAGCCACUGCAGACGGGACCGGAGCACGCCGCAGCGAAUCAACUUCAACUUGAGGGGACACAACAGCGAGGUGGUGCUGGUGCGCUGGAACGAGCCCUUUCAGAAGCUGGCCACGUGUGACACGGACGGUGGUAUAUUUGUGUGGAUCCAGUAUGAGGGCCGCUGGUCGGUCGAACUGGUGAAUGACCGUGGAGCUCAGGUUAGUGACUUUACCUGGUCCCACGAUGGCACGCAGGCCCUCAUCUCCUACCGGGACGGCUUCGUGCUGGUGGGUUCGGUCAGCGGCCAGAGACACUGGUCCUCUGAGAUCAACCUGGAGAGCCAGAUCACGUGCGGCAUCUGGACACCUGACGACCAGCAGGUGCUGUUCGGCACGGCAGAUGGCCAGGUGAUCGUCAUGGACUGCCACGGACGCAUGUUGGCUCACAUCCUUCUACAUGAGUCGGAUGGGAUCAUCGGCAUGUCCUGGAACUACCCCAACUUCCUGGUGGAGGACAGCAACGAGAGCGACACUGACUCGGAUGACUAUGUCCUGCCCCAAGUGCAUCACCUAAAGCCUCUACUGACUGUCAGCUUCACAUCUGGGGACAUCAGCCUGAUGAACAACUAUGACGACCUCUCCCCCGCCAUCAUCCGCUCUGGGCUCAAGGACGUGGUGGCACAGUGGUGUUCCCAAGGGGACCUGCUGGCGGUGGCCGGCAUGGAGAGGCACAGCCUGACCUCCGACCCCAUGUGCGCCCCUCCACUGCCCAGAAACGCCCUCGUGAAGUUCUACAACAUCCACGGAGAGCACAUCUAUACCCUGGAGACGCCAGCUCAGCGGCCCAUCAGCACCCUGUGUUGGGGCCAUCGAGACUCACGGCUGUUCCUGGCGUGUGGGCCAGCGCUGCACGUGGUGCGGGUGGAGCACCGGGUGGCCAGCCUGCAGCUGCUGUGCCAACAGGGCAUCGCCAGUGCCCUGCGGGAGGAGAAGGAUGUAGGCAAACUGACCGUCCCGGCGCGACUCUGCGCCUUCGUCUCCGCAGCCUUCGCCCCCACCAUCAAGCCGCCCAUUCCGGACCCCAACAACAUGCGCGACUUCGUCAGCUAUCCCACGACGGGUAAUGAGCGGCUGCACUGCACCAUGAAGCGCACGGAGGACAACCCUGAGGUAGGCGGGCCCUGCUACACCCUCUACCUGGAGUACCUCGGUGGCCUGGUGCCCGUCCUCAAGGGCCGACGAAUCAGCAAGCUGAGGCCCGAGUUCGUCAUUAUGGACCCCAAGACCGACGGCAGGGCAGACGAGGUGUACGGAAACAGCUUCAUCUCCUCCAUGAUCGACAGCUGUAACUGCUCCGACUCCAGCGACAUUGAGCUGAGUGAUGACUGGGUCGGAAAGAAGUCACCAAAGAUUUCCCGAGGAAGCAAGUCGCCUAAGCUACCCAGGAUCAAUAUUGACCCGAGAAAAUCUCCUAAGCUUUCCCGAGCGACACAGGAAAUAUCCCGCUCACCACGGUUACCGAUUCGGAAGCCCUCGAUUGGCUCUCCUAGUCUGACACGCAGGGAGUUCCCACUGGAUGACAUCACUCAGCAUAAUUACCUCGCUCAGGUCACAUCCAACAUUUGGGGAACGAAGUUUAAGAUUGUGGGGUUGGCCUCCUUCCUGCCCACAAACCUAGGAGCAGUUAUCUACAAGACGAGUCUGCUCCACCUCCAACCCCGGCAGAUGACCAUCUACCUACCGGAGGUGCGCAAGAUCUCCAUGGACUACAUCAACCUGCCUGUUUUCAGCCCCAAUGUCUUCAGUGAGGAUGAGGAUGAUCUGCCAGUGACGGGGCCUUCUGGCGUGCCGGAUGACAACCCCCCAUGCACCGUUAACAUCCCUAUUGCCCCUAUUCAUAGCCCUGCCCAAGCCAUGUCACCCACACAGAGUAUCGGCCUCGUCCAGUCUCUGUUGGCCAAUCAGAACGUUCAGCUUGACAUCCUGACAAAUCCUACCGCGACUGCAAGUGUGGCAGGUGUCUCAGACCACAAUCAGGACACAGCACUGACAGCUCAGUACUCGGUGCCCACGAGGUACUCCAGCCCUGGGCAAGUGAUAUUUGGGGGUCUGGAGAUGGGACGUCUCUUGGUUGGACCUCAGCAGCAGCAGCAACAGCAACAACAACAACAUUCUCAGCAUCAACAGCAGCAACAACAACAUCCGCAACAGCAGCAGCAACAACAACAUCAGCAACAGCAGCAGCAACAACAACAUCCACAACAGCAGCAGCAACAACAACAUCCGCAACAGCAGCAGCAACAACAACAUCCACAACAACAGCAGCAGCAACAACAUCCGCAACAGCAGCAGCAGCAGCAACAACAUCCGCAACAUCAAUUGCAACAACAUCUGCAACAUCAUUUGCAGCAACAACAUCCGCAACAUCAAUUGCAGCAACAACAACAUCCGCAACAUCAAUUGCAGCAACAACAACAUCCGCAACAUCAAUUGCAGCAACAACAUCCGCAACAUCAAUUGCAGCAACAACAACAUCCGCAACAUCAAUUGCAGCAACAACAACAUCCGCAACAUCAAUUGCAGCAACAACAACAUCCGCAACAUCAAUUGCAGCAACAACAACAUCCGCAACAUCAAUUGCAGCAACAACAACAUCCGCAACAUCAAUUGCAGCAACAACAACAUCCGCAACAUCAAUUGCAGCAACAACAACUACAGCAACAGCAACUACAGCAACAGCAACUGCAGCAACAGCAACAUCUACAGCAACAGCAACAUCUACAACAUCAGCAACAUCUACAGCAUCAACAACAGCAACAGCAACAUCUACAACAUCAACAACAGCAACAGCUACAGCAACAUCAACAGCAGCAACAGCAGCAACAUCAGCAACAUUCACAUCAACAUCAGCAUCAUCAGCCACAUCACCAUCAGCACCAGCAUCAACAGCAACAACAACAUCCACACCAACAUCAGCAACAGCAUCAACAUCAACUUCAGCAGCAAUAUCAACAACAUCAGCAAAAUCAACAACACCAACAUCAGCACCACCAUCAGCAGCAACAUCUACAUCAACAACUGCAGCAUCAUCAGCAUCAACAACUGCAGCAUCAACAACAUCACCAGCACCAACAGCAGCCACACAUAACUCAACAGCUGCAGCACCAUCAUCAGCAACAUCCACCCCAGCAACAGAUUCAGUCGCAGCAACAUCAACAGAUGCAGACGCACCAACAGUUUCAGCAGAAUCAACAGCAGCUGUUGCAGCAGCAUCAGCAGAUCCAGCAGCAGCAGCUGCAAAUCCAACAGCAGAUCCAGCACAUGCAGCAGCAACAGCAGCAGAUCCAGCAACAGCACCAACAGCAACUGCAACAGCACCACCUGCAGAUGCAACAGCUUCAAAUUCAGCUGCCCCCACCACUUCCUUCUAGCCAACCCCCAUCAUCUUUACAUCAGCUCCAGGGCACGUUGCAGCUGCCCCACCCCUCCAGCGACCACAGCACAGAUCGAGGGGAGCAUGAACACCUGCUGAAGGUCAAGCCACUGCGCUCCGUACCGCAGCUCGCUGAUGGCGAUGCCCUGGUCUUUAGUGCCCCCUUGGAGCUCAGUAAGAUGAAUCCGCCUCCUCCCUACCCAGGCACAGUAGCCGGCGCUGUCGCCAUGGCAGCAGCCUCCACCAACCCUACAGGUGUGCCAGCAGCCUCUCCUGCUGGUGCAUCACCUCUGCCGGUAGAUCUCUGCCUGAAGAAGAGCGAGUUUUCACUGUACCCACCGGCCCCACCGUACCAGACUCCACUGGGCUAUGAGAGAAUCACCACAUUUGACAGCAGCGGCAAUGUGGAAGAGGUAUGCCGCCCACGCACCAGGCUUGUGUGCAACCAGAGCGUAUACACGCUGCAGGGCCCAGGCAGCUCUGCCACCCUGAGGGUCACAUCCUCCUCUGAAGGUAAGAAGGUACAGCUCCCAUAUACCUCUGCUACACUCAACCGGCUCACAGUGCCGCGCUACUCAAUUCCUAGCGGGGACCCACCCCCGUACCCUGAUCCUGCCAAUCAGACGAGUUCUGCGCGAAGCCCCAUACAGCGGAUAGACAGCAGCCUGAUCCAUGCUACACUGCGGCGAAAUGGCAGGGAGAGGGAUGUGGUAAUCAAGGCCUCCCAGAUGAUGGAGGCCCAACGGACCUUACCUACCAAGUCCAAGGCCAGUGCACUAGCAGCCUCCUAUCAGCACAGGACCGCCACAGCCUUGUACACAUGUAGCCAGUGCAGCAGUGGUGGCACUAGUGGAGGAGCAACUGCAGCCAGUGUUGGUGGGGGCAGCGGGAUAACCGGGGGGACCAUCAUUCGACAGGACUUCCCAGCAGGGGCCGCGGCUCAGCACAGCACGGUGAUGGUGCACUCCGGUAGUGCCUCACCUCUCACCUCUCAGUCCUCCUACAACUUGCUGAGUUCGCUGGAUGGCAGCCGGGACCGGACGGACUACGUCAACUCGGCCUUCACCGAGGAUGAGGCUCUCAGCCAGCAAUGCCAGCUGGAGAAGUCUCUGCGCCACAUGGCCCUGGGGGAAGUUGGCCUUACGGUGAAGCGGCCCCCGCCUUACCAGUGGGACCCAGCUACUACCGAGGAGAUAUGGAUUCCCCAAGAUCGGGCUACCCUUCCCGCACCCCCAGGGCCCCAUAAGCCCCCACCGCUCUUCCUCGGGCCUGCCCCACACGUGGACGUGUCCCGGCUACCAUUCGUCCUCUCACCAAAGUCCCCUACAAGCCCCGGUGGUGCUGCGGCCUUCCAGGCUAGUGGAUAUCAGGUCUCUAUGCCCUUCCCUACAACCCCCAAUCCAUAUGGUGGGCCCCAGCUGCAGGCCGUGCCACCUCCCCCUCAGUCCUGCUCCCCCAAAGAGGUUGUGACACCCCUGCCCUUUCCUCAGCAGGACCCUGCCAUAGGGAUGCCACCUGGGUAUCCCCCAACUCUGGCCUGCUGCCAGCUGCCCCCGAUGUACCCAGGGGCCAGCUCUUGCACUGCUCUUUCGCUGCCCCCCAUUGCCCUGCAUCCUUGGAACCCUUAUAGCCCCUGCCCCCCUGUGCAGAAUCCCUCAGGAACCCUGCCGAGUAAAUCCCACCUGGUUGUAGAAAAGCCUGUCCUCCCACCACCUCCCCCAGCUGAGCUUCCGAACCCCACAAGCCCUCCGGAGGCAGUGGCAGCUGCAGCUGCAGCAGCAGCUGUGGCAACCGAGACCACAGACAGCUUCCAGGAGGUGCUGUCCCUGAGUGAGAGUCCAGUGCCACAGAGAUCCGACAAGUUCGGAAAGAAGAGCCGCAAACGGCUAGACAGUCGCGCUGAGGAGGCCGGUGUGCCUGCCAUUACAGAGGGAAAGGCAAGGAAGGAGGGCCGCGUGCUUGGUGACUUCAACUCACUCAUCUCCAGCCCCAGGCUGGGCCGCGAGAAGAAGAAACCCAAGAACCAGAAGGAGCAACAGAAGUCCAAGAAGCUUAAUAAGACUAAUGAGUUCCAGGAUAGUUCUGAGAGCGAGCCGGAGCUCUUCAUCAGCGGCGAUGAGCUCUUGAACCAGAGCCAAGGGAAUAAGAAGGGCUGGAAGAGCAAGCGCAGCCUACGCACGGCCAGCGAGCUGGAUGACUUCAAGGGCCGCAAGGCCAACGAGAAGGAGGACCGGGGCUUAGGCAGCCAAGGCUUUGUGUAUGUCAUGGCAAACAAGCAGCCACUCUGGAAUGAAGCCACACAAGUUUACCAGCUGGACUUUGGGGGAAGGGUCACACAGGAAUCAGCCAAAAACUUUCAGAUCGAGCUGGAGGGAAGACAGGUGAUGCAGUUCGGCAGGAUCGAUGGCAACGCCUACAUCCUGGAUUUUCAGUACCCCUUCUCAGCCGUGCAGGCCUUCGCUGUUGCUCUGGCCAAUGUCACCCAGCGGCUGAAGUGAGCCUCCACCUUCUGCUGGAGGAGGUGGGCACCGUGAUGCGGAAGAGCCAUGGUGGCCAAGCUGCUGUACCCAAAGCUUCAAUGGAGUGUGGGAUGGGUACUUCGGAUGUUUAGCAGGUGACGGACUUGUCAUUUUCGGUCACCUUGUGGGACACAGGCUCCUCUUCCCGUGGCUGUUUUGCGGAUAGAUGCUGGCCGGGCUUACGGGGGCCAGUGGAAUUAGACUGUCCUUGUUACUGACUGCCUUACAUCAUUUGAUUUGUUUCCUAUGAAUACUGUUAGUUUUUUCAGUCUGGUUUUUAAAACACAAAACAGUAAUACUUGAAAAUUAUGAGUCGCUCACUUACAGACCUUACGCGUACUACUGGGCACUGAAGUCGUGAGCUGUCUGAAAAUAUCAGAACGUUGUGGUUACAAUUUUUAGCUUUACUCUAAACAGGUCACAUUUUGAACUGAAAUGUUAUGCAUCUUUCAGAAUUUUUGGGUCAGCGAUUCUUUCGUUUAGGUCUGCUGGUUUAGUGGUUGCAGAGAGUCAAAGAUGGACAUUAAACAACCAUUCUGAACUUUCGAAACUGAACCUCAAGAUGUUUUUUUUUUUUUUUUAAGGUCCCGAGGGUAGUACUUGAAACAAAAAAGAAGAAAGUAAUGUCAAAGAUGGUCUUACUUUUUUUUUUGCUUGUAAGGCUGUUUGGAAGGUGUGAGUUUGCAGAAUUUGUCUGGAAAUACAGCUCAGCACAUUAACACACGUUUCACGAUUUUGAAUUAAGUGAGAUCUAUUUAAUUGUGUAUUGUCCAUAAUAUUUUAAUUGUAGUUGUAGUCCUUUACAUUUAUGUAGCAUUAAACAGUCUUAGUACCUUGUUUACAGAUGUUUAUUUUUGGGAGACAGGAGGUAAAUUAACCUGUUUUAACUGAAAGGUAAAAUGGUGGGAUGGAAGUGUAGUAAAAACUAGGGUUUCGUGCACAGUUGAUGUGGACUGUGUGUGAAGGGGGUGAGCAAUUAGGAGAGCUGCCACUUCUGUGAAGUGAUUUUGUUUUUUUUUUUCUAGGCACAUUUGACUUGUCUUUAUUGACAUGUAAGCAAGGUACAGGGGUUGUAUGUUUCGCCUGUCAUUUCACCAUAUAAACACUUGUCAAAUACCAUUGUAUCAUUGUAAUGUAUCUAGCCCAUGAAAUUCACUUGAGAGGAUGUUAAACGUAUAACUAAUAUGACCUUUAUAGUUUAUAAUUGAUGUGUGCAUGGGGCGACGGACAACUGUAGAGAUAAACCUGAAGAGCAGUUGAUGAAAGCCCAUAAAAUGGGCCGUUUCGGGCUACCCGGGAACACUGGUUUUUAAAUUCCAUAAUAUGUCGCAUUGUUCCUUAUGCCAGCUGAGAAGGUUUCCGGGUGUGCUCGCGCUUCGGAUCACAUGACGUGCCACUCAUCCGUGGCUGUUCUUUGCCGUCCGAUCCUUUUCCUGAUCCCUGAUCUGAGAUCAGCGUUAUUAGGUAAUGGGGAAUGAAACGAAAUACAGUCCGCAGUGUUUUAUUAGGUGUAUUGAAUAAUUUUGUUUCCUCAGGUUCAUGCUUUAAUACCACUGGAGAUCAGGAAAGCAGGGGGAAUGAUCCCUAAAUCAAUGCCAAAGGCUGAAAACUGUCAGGGCCAUGAAAGAUCUUUAUAUGUGCCGUGUACUGAAAUGCGCUUAAAUAGAUUUAUGUAUCGCCAACUUGCCGACUGACCCCCCCCCCCAACCCUCGUGUCACGUGGUACCAGUUCCAUUCACUGAGGUCCGUAACCCAACCUCAAGCCGCUAACCAUAGCCACGGUCCUGUGUAAACCAGUAAAAUGUACCAUUGUAUGUUCUCUUGGUGGCAUCGCAUUUCCUGCGUGUUUGGUGGUGGCUGGUUUUGCUUCCAAUCAGGCACGGCAUGCUGGAUAGGUAUACGCGGUGCGUUUCUAUGCUAGGCGUCGCUCCAUGCAGAACUGUGCGCUGUCGUGUUAGGAUCGUAUUUCACCAUACAAGAGCUUUCUGAUGACGCUCUGUGGAAGAGUAUCAGGCUGACCUGAAGGAUUUCUUUAUUUUAUUUACAUUUUUGUUGAAAAGAAAAAAGUCUUGUCACGUUUGUGAUAAAUUAAGCAAAACGUCUAGCUAUUCAGUGUAAGCUUUGCGAUGAGGAAAGGACAGACUUGAUUCCGUAUAUUCGUUUGCUUUCGUUCCCCAGAUUUUAGUUGUGCAAUAUUUCGACGAAGCUAAUUUCUUUUGCUGUUGCAUUCUGGCACUACUUUUUCAGGACGUGUAACACGAACAUCUCAUUCAUAUAUUAGUCUUUACAUUUUAUUUAUACGGAUAUCUUAUGCUAGUUGAUGUAUAUAAUUUGUGGAUUUGCUGAAGAGUUCCCUUGUGUUUAAACGAUCUGUUACCAGUGUAAUGUGGGGGGGGAGGGGUUGACGUUGCCUGUUGUGUAAGAGUGAUUUGGGGCGCCACGGGAAGACAAUUAGUUGACAGUGUGUGCUUGAGUGUAGUACUUUAGUGUAGUUACACAGGACCUGUCUGUCCAGUAAAGUCUGUUAGUGUCCAUUGUGAGGUACACCGAUCCCAGUGUUAUAUCUAUAUAUACAGUAAAUAUAUUGCUUUUGUCAGCAUGAAUGCCAAACCAUACGAUUUUUUUGGGAGUGUUCGUUUUACUUUUUCUUCAUUUUUAAGUAGUGCAUACGGCACGUUCACAUGACGGUUGAUAAUUUUGAUUUUAAGGCAACUUUUACAAUGACAUGUUACUGUUUUUUGGAUUUUUUCCGCUAAUGACAGCCUAAAAGGUGAGCUGCGUAAGAAUUAUGGUUACCUUAUUAAGAUCCAACCGAUGAAGUAAUCUGUACUGGACAGUGUAGAAUGUGGCAUUCAUUUGAUAUAACCGUGCUUCAUAGAUGUAGGCUAAAAGUAAAAUACUUGAAAAAAACCAAAAUAAGUUUUUUUUUGUCAGAUUUGAUAACUGAAUGUUAUAGUUUGUGUUAAUAAGGCAUGCCAUUUAAGUUAUUUCGCGGUUAUGUAUGUUUUACGUUAUUUUAGAAAAACGUGAUGGAUGGUAAUAAGCAUGAAUUUGCUGUCGGUUUCAAAGACACAGCCUGCUGUGGCUAAAUCUGGAAACGGCAUUUGUGUUUCGUUAUAAAUACAUUGUUUUUUUAGUUAGUGCGUUUACUAGAAGAGCGAUCAUUCACAUGAAUAAGAAGUUUUCUUUGUCUUUAAACCGUUUGCCCACAAUGCACUUGGGUUGGACCAGGCUGUAGCUGGUAAGGGGGGAGGGGGGUUGUGACUCUUGUGGGGUGUCCAUAUUGAUGCUGACUUUCUCCAUUUGUAAAGUACUGUCUGAUAAAGAGGAAUGCUAAAAUGUCCUUUUUGUGUUUUUUUUUUCUUUUUCUUCCCAAUAUGCAGACCUAAAAUGGUACAAUUAUAACUAAUGUAACUGGCAGGUGCCAGGUUUUGUAUUGUACUGUAAAACGAACGUUUUGUUUAAUUGAGUUUUGUUUGUUUCCCUAGAAAUGGAGUUGUCAGUUGUUCAGCUGUUGCUUAAUAAAACGUGCAGGUUGAUAAUUUC